GCUGAGUCACAGUGGGUCUGACGUUCGGGUGCGGAGAUCACGAUCGAAUGCAAAAGACCGAGGACCGGUGGGAUGAUGGCUGACGUCGUUCGUUCGCGUGGUGGUCGAUGCUUGAUUGCUACAUCAUAUAGCUCGCGCGAUGCACGGGCGGCGGAGAGCCGUGCACCCUCGCUCUCACACACUCGACUCGCGACUCGACUCAUCAAAACUUGAUUCGGUGCUGCGCCGGGCAUGGCAAAGCUAUAUAGCUUGUGCAUGCCCUCCUGCUGCACCGACCGGUACCGUACCGGUGCUGGUACGGUACGGUAGCUGCAUGAUAUGCGCUGCCUGUGCGCAUGAAAGACGUGCAGCAGAGUCAGCCGGCGAUCGAGCGAGCGAGGGAGCGUCGAGCGCAAUUAAGCAAGCAGCACGCACGCACGCAGCACAGCAAAGCACAGCAGCUCACAGCACAGCGUACGCCAAGCACAACUUCGCUUCGCUGCAUCCGUGCGCGACAUCGCGCAAGAGUCACGAGUCGAGACAUUCGAUGCUACCGCGCCGCAGUCAACCCUGCGUCACGCAAUACAAUCACGAAUCUGAACGCCUACUUGAACAGCGUGAGACGUAACCUACAGCUAAGCACUCACGAGUAUGGAGACCUGGAUGGGUGGAUGGAUGCUGUGAGCCAUAUAUAAGGGCGAGGCUAGCUAUCAAAACACAGAAAUAGGAUGCCAUCCACACUCAGCAAGCUGUUGCUGGACCUAGCGAGGCCUCGGUGCGCCGGAAUCGGGCGAGGGCUCGGAUGAUAGAAAUAUUACGAGAAGUGUUGUCA